UCCAGCAGUGCAGUGUGGCGGCAGCAUGUCGUCACGGCGGAUGACCUGGCAAAGGCAGGACCUCACCUGGGCAAGCCGCAGCAGUGGGUGCAAGUAGCCGCGCGUGCAUUUCCCGAGCUGGGCACUGUCUCCAAGGCGAAGCGCGCGCGGAAAGCGGGGGGGCUGGUGCUCAACGGCCAGCCCAAAGUGCCCACGCUCACUUGUGCAGCUGUGGACGACGUGCUGGCCUACCGCAGCCCAGAGAAUCGAGUCCAAUCAUCGACUGCUGAUGGCGUCCAAGCCUCGGGGUCGCGUGCGUGGCUGAAGGUUUGUAAGACGCAGGGGCUUCGAGUCGUCUACGAGUGCGACAGCUUGGCGGUGGUCGUCAAGCCUGUGGGGAUUCACGUCAAAGGCCGGGGCACGCGCAAUGUGGAGCAGGUGCUGCCGCUGCUACUGCAACGACAAGGAGCUGUUGCGGACGGAGACUUUAUGCUGUCUGCUCCACACGCGGUGCAUCGCUUGGACUACCGUGUGGGUGGGCUGCUGCUUGUGGCGAAGGCCCGGAAAAUGGAGGUGGAGCUGUCGGCUCAGCUGGAAAGGCACGUCGUCACGAAGCAGUACCGCGCGAUCUUGGUGGGGAAUGUGGGCGAUACGGUGACAAAGGUUGCAGCCAAUAGCGCUGUGACAGAUUCAGUUGCGCUGCCAAAGGAGCUGCUUGACAUUCGAGAUGAACUGCAGUUCCUGGACGACAGCAUCGAUGGAAAGCGGUGCCUAACGGCCAUGAGACUUGUGAGCACAACACGCAGG